ACAUGAGCUUCAGGAAUUGUCAUUAUUUAGUUUAAAUUCAGAAUUCUGUUUUUUCGGAACUUUUCUAGAUUGCAGUGUAUGUACCUACUUAUAAGGCAAUUCGGUUUUCUUUUUAAAUUAGUUAAGAGUUAGCGUAAGGUAAUGAUGGCGUUUCGUUUAGCGACUGCUAAAUCUCCGCUACGUGGACUCCUUAAUGCUAUGCCAAAGUUAAGUUUUGGUAAAUAUGGCUUAGUUCGAAACAGCAGUGUAUUUGUUGAGCCACCUGUUCCCUGGUUGGAUAAUCCAAGUAUUGUCUUCUCAUCCAGUGCCUUAAAACAUCAUUGGGGGGCCAUACCUGUAGUAAUCAUUACCGCCAUCGGAUUCGCAAUAGAACUUCUUGUAAUAUUGCGAAUAGCCGCGACGCGUGAUGAUCUGUGGUAUACCAAGGGCGGUGCAGCAUGUGAUUUCAUCGAGACACGUAAGGGCUACAAGGUACCCAUACGAAAGUUUAUGGUAUUUAACCAGAAGUAUGAGAACCCACCAGGUCUUCUUGCAGCUAUACAAGGUGAUGUGGAUGGACCUGUAUAUUGUCCUCCAGACGACAAGUGUGCAAAGAAGGGAGUCGAUGGGAAAAUCCUGGCCGCCCAUGCGGUUAUUGGAAUAGGCGCAAUGUGUGCAAUGAUUGCCUUAUGAUCAUAUUAACGAACUAGCAAUAUUCCAAAUCAGUAAUUAACUAAUUUAAAUGAAAUUUGUGCGCACACCAUUCACAGCCAAAGACGGUAAACAAAAGAGGAAGAAGUAAAUGAUGUUUACCGCUUACCAGCCAAUUAUAAGUAGUACAAUGUUUCGUUAUUCAUCAAGUGAUAUUCAAAUGGAGGAAAAGUGAUUCGUCACCGUUAGACGAAAGCAAAAUUGGAUGUUAUUGAUUAAAGAAACAGCAAAAAAGCAAUAACAAAUUUUAAGCAGUGUUUUUCUAUCUGAAGCAAAAGCCGCCAAUAAAUUUUUAAUUGUA